AGGCGAAAAUGGCACCAAGACUUUCUUGGAUCGCACUUGGAGUCUUUUUCAUAUUUAUUUCCAGCGAAAACGUACUCUGUAAGAAAUUACAUCUGGUGAAAAAGAAAGGUAUGCCAUACCAUGUCACUGGUUUUUAAUAUUGAAUAUUGAUAAGAGUACCGAGUAGUCUCACAACUCGGUUGGUCCACUAUCAGUUCUAAAGUGUUCUCCCUGGAAAAUGCCACAAAUCAACAGUGCCGUUAACAAUUCAAAAUAAUGCAGUGCAUUUAUGCUUGUUUUUAAUUUAGAAGAAACAGUCUCUCCAUUGAAAAAGAGCGUUAUAGGAAACUUUGACCUGAAAGCAUGUAAGCAUAUCGUGUAUACCAUAAACGAGCCUUUACUCUUUAGUCUAGAAUUUAUCCUCUCUAACCGCAAAGAUUACACGAUCAAUUUUUGUACUGAAGAGCUCGUUUUUUCUUUAUAUAUUCUCAGGCAAAACCCACAACGAUUAAUAUGAAGAAUAUUUUUUUAUAGAUGCAAAAAGUAUAAAGUCAGAAAAUUGCAGGAAUCGGAAGCCAAAGUUGGAAUGUGCUAAAAUGUUGAAACAGUCAGCGAAUGCAUGUCUGCUAAAUCGCAAAUUCAUGAGUGACAACUGCAUACUGGCGUGUCGUUUUUGCAGCCCUUACACUAAAGGUGUGUAUAUACAGGAAAGUUUCUACUACUUUUUAUAGCCAGGGGCGUAUAGCCACGGGGGAAAUAGGGGAUCCAGACCCCACACACACACACCUUUCUUCAGGAACAAUUAAGUUUGAAAUUCUUUCAAACGGCUGAGGAGAAACUGGUGGAAGGUGUAACCUCUCGAUGUUUUCAUCUGUGACAUAAAAUACACCAAAUCUGUGGCCGCUUUCAGAUUAUCAUAAAACAUAUCUAAAAUACAUGAAAUCAGCGUUUCGUAGACCAUAAAAUGUCUGGAACAAAAGUUACCAAGCAUUUUGAGUAAAUUGUGUGUCAAGUAACUACCAAACACGCGUUAGCUGAUAACAUCCGAUAACAUCUAGGACGUUUUCUAACUUUAUAAACCAAGACUCCAAGUAUGACCCGAUACAUCUCUAUUUUUAUUAUAGAACAGAAAACUAAGAUAAUAAGCAAACAAUGCAAAGACCACCAUUCAAAAUGUCGCUUCUGGGCAAAGAAUGGUGAUUGCUUUCACUAUUCGGUAUUCAUGAUGGACGUUUGUAAAAAAAGUUGUGAAAUUUGUGAAAGCGGUAAGAAUGUGCUACGGACGUUUAUUAACGUAGUGAGGGACAAAACUCAUAUUAGAAAUAUACCUAGUGGUUGGUGUGUCAUAUGUCUUUCACCUCUGCAUAACUGGAUUCUUUUGUGUAGUUGUGCGACUGUAAUUUCAUUCAGUUGCACUGUGGAUAAGAUUUUCUUCUAUACUGCAGUAACACCAAAGAAUGACUGGCUUACUAUAGAUAUCCAGGGAAAGUGAGUUUAAGACGGAACCGACAGAUCAGAACUAUCCAGUAUAAAUAAAGUUACUUUAGUUUAGGUUUCCUCUUGUAGUAUCCAAUACUGGACCAAUAAAAGAUGGUUUUACCGGAUCUCACGUAAGAAUAGUCAGUUAGUACAACCAGGGACGCCGGAACUGGGGGGGGGCAGCCGCCCCCGUUGCCCUUUAUCAAGAGGGGCAAGGGGGGCAAAGGUGCCCUUUCAAUUUAAAGGAUUGCCUUUGCGAAAUAGCAAAUUGUCAGAAAUGUUAGUGCAAUUCUUUUACGAAUUUGCUUCAGAAAACGCAAGAAAUGCAGUCAUCGGACUUCAAGAAUGAAUCGCCUGGCGGAGAACCCCCUCACACCCCUAUCAUCCAAUAAAUAAAAAACAUGAUUAUGCGAAGUUCAACUCCCGAUGUUUUGCAAACAUCUCUUAGUAUAUAUCAAUUCAAAAGUGCCCUUUCACGAAAAUGUCUUCACAUCGAUACACUUGCAAUUUUUGCUGCGAUUUCUAGUGCAAUUUUCUUCUUCUGAUGAAUGAGAACGCGUUGAUUUACUCCAAGUUUCUCUCUCUGUGUUUCCCGAAUGUCUUGAAUAUAGUUGCCCUCAUCUGAGCAUUCAUAACUCGUUCACAUUCAUCCGAGGCCCUGUUGCUCAAAGCUGAAUUGACCAUUUGCGUAAUAGACUAAAUUUUGAACUCAACAAGUCUAGACAAAAAUUUCAUCACAGCUUGAAAGAGCAUCACAAAAUUAGUAAUAUUGCAAGGUUUCGUUGCGAAAUGUUGUAAAAUGCGGAUAAUAUAGCCUUGCGAAGUUUGCAAUUUUCAGUCAUUUUAGAUUACAAACGGGAAAUUGACAGCCUCAAUGCGUAUCGGGCUGUCAAUUUCCCGUUUGUAAUCUAAAAUGACUGGAAAUUGCAAACUUCGCAAGGCUAUAUUAUCCGCAUUUUACAACAUUUCGCAACGAAACCUUGCAAUAUUACUAAUUUUGUGAUGCUCUUUCAAGCUGUGAUGAAAUUUUUGUCUAGAUCAAAAUUUAGUCUAUUACGCAAAUGGUCAUAACGUCGGAGAAGAAAACUCCUCGAAGAAAUAUUUGCAAAUUUAUAAACAAGCUGUUAGGAAGUUUGCUUAGAAUAUUAGGUUAUCUAGAGUUGUGCUAACCGGCCCCAUGCGGAAGACGAAAUCGCCCCGAAAAUCGCAGCUAAAAAUUGCAAACAUGCCUUAACAAGAUUCCUACCAUAUCAUUUUCUUAACCAGGUAACCCGUCAAUGUCAGACCAAGAUGAACGCUGCCCGACGUGGGGUAAAGCUGGCUUUUGCGGAAUUAAGAAAGAAAAGAUGGGAAACCUAUGUCCAUACAGUUGCAAAAAAUAUGCACGCCGUCGUUACAUAGUGAAGUACGCGAAACCCCCCAAGCGCCGUAGUCCUCGUCCCAAGCCUAAACCUAGACCCGCCAAACCUACAGCUCGGCCAACCCCGCCUCUCACUCAAGACGAAAAAGAAGAUUUAAAGGAAGCUACGGAAGAAUACGCGGAGGAAGAAGAGACGAGACUCCGGGAAAAGGAGGAACAGCGGAAGGAAAAAGAUGAAGAAAAAGUCACCCCACUUCAAGCACCCCCCGUCGUGAGGAGUGAGAGUCCGUCACCAAUCCCCGCGCCGGUACUAGAUGACCUCAGUGUUGAUGUUCCCAGCGAGUACGAAGGAGGGACGCCACCAGCAGCAGAAAAGAAAAAGACUAGGUAUUAUGAUAGUUUUGUUUGUGGAAACACCAUGUUUUAUUAUAUGUUUUACUUAACUAUUAUAUGUUUUAUUAUAUGUUUUACUUAACUAUUAUAUGUUUUAUUAUAUGUUUUACUUAACUAUUAUAUGUUUUAUUAUAUGUUUUACUUAAUUAUUAUAUGUUUUAUUAUAUGUUUUACUUAACUAUUAUAUGUUUUAUUGCCAUGCAAACAUACAAAGAACUUAGACUAGGUAUUGUUACUAUCUGCGGAUGGAGAGGGAUUCAACUACCUGAAAAAUACAAGUAACACUUUGUUUCGAGCGAAGGCCCUCCAACAGGGAGUUAGUGACAUCCCUCUCAAUCCACAGUUUUCUGGUGUUAUUGUCAUUGCCUCAUUGAAAUGAAUUGGAACGCUACCUUCAGAUGAAUUGCCUUUUUCUUGAAGCCGAAUCUUGACCCAGACACACAUCUUUGAGGUCGCGUCGUCUUUUCUAAAUCUGUCUAAUGACUGAUUGAGUGCUCUUCGCAUGCGUGAAAAGACUGGGACUGGCCUUCAAGUUUGGCUUCACGGUUGGAGGCUACGUUCCAGUUCAUUUUAUUUCAAAGGAUCGAACUCCCUUACUUGAUUCAUAGCUACAACAGGACGCAAACCUAAGCUAAGCUAACUUCAUUUAUACCGGAUAGCUAUAUCACUUUUAAACUUCUAAACUGACAAAUCUCUUAUUCUUCCAGUGUUAUUAUAAGAGGAUAUCUAAGGUGUUCGCUAGAGCCAAACUGCAUGCAUAAAUUUCUACCUCCCCCCCCUCCAUUAAAAAUCAAAUGGUCCGCCCCUCAACAGCACGAUUAAUUAUAUAUUUUGUAACUCUUUCAGCAUCUAGCCGUAUGGUCAAGAAUCUUAAAUUACAGGAAAAGAAAUACACGAAGAACUGAAUACGAAGUUACCAACUGGAUAUUAAAUAAUAUAAAUUUUGUGGACGUGGGACGGCCUUUUCACGUCUUGGAUCGGACUAAUACUUUCUUGGCUGGCAGCCAUUGUGCGAUUGUUAAAAUAUGAGACAUUAAAUUACUGGAAUGUGUAUAUAAUUAUAGUAUUUGAAAAUUGUGAAUCAAAUUUCAAACAACUCUACCACCCUGAAUCGGCAUGAUAUUUUUAGAAAAAACUUUUUAAAAGAGAAAAAAACGGCUUUAGUGCCAAAAGAUAAACAUCUAAUGAUUUUUGUGAUGUAAUUAUUAAAUGUUACUGUAAUACUGAUUUGUUCUUUUUUAGAAUAUAAUAAAUGUCUUCGUGUUCUAA